AUGGCUGCGACACGUGCUAUAGGAAGUACGAUUACCCUCAUCACGAACAGUCAGAUUCGUUAUGAGGGUACCUUGGGUCACAUUGAUGCCUCAAAGAAUACCGUCAGUUUGACAAAUGUUCGUGUCUUCGGUACAGAAGGUCGUGCAAAGGAAAAGGGCCAAGUUGAGGUUCCCGCAGCUGAGCAGCUUUUUGACCAGAUUGUAUUCCGUGGAUCUGAUAUCGAGGAGCUGACGGUAUUUGAGGAAUCUCAUAACGCCAUGAUGGACCCUGCCGUUGUUACUGCGCUUCCCGCAAGGAAUAAUAACAAUAACAAUAACACCAGCAGCGGUAAUAACAACAACAACGCCCACUCCAACAAUAACAACAACAUGAGGAUGCCACAGAGCCCACAACGUCACGGCGGCGCAUCGAUGGGACCCGGUCAUCACCAGAAACAACAGCACAUGUACUCCGGAGGCUACAGGCGAGGUGGCCGCGGUGGGUACCGGAGUGGUCGACGGGUUGACUCACACACUGGCCGCGAUUUCCAUCCCGCCACCGGCACAGCCAAGGAGGAGUUUAAAGACGACUUCGAUUUCAUCAAAAGCCGUGAAGAGUUUGAAAAGAAGAAGAGCGAGUUUGAAAAGGCUAAGGAGGAUGCAAAGAACCAUAGCAAGGCGUAUGACCGCAGCAACUUCUUCGAUAAGAUUUCUUGUGAUCAGCAGGACCGCGCGCCUCCACUGGACCGUGAGGGGAUGAAGCGAACGGAUGCCGAAACAUUUGGAAGUGAGAUGGUUGGAAACAUGCGCGGACCUCGCCGUGGCCGUGGGGGCCGGGGACGUUACAACGGCCGCUACAACUAA